UGUAACUAGUUUAUUUAGUUUCUGAAAACCCACUCAAAAUCCGGUCCUCUUUUGCCUUUAUUAGCCGUUCUUUAUCUUUACCAAAUCAAGAUAACAAUCGGGAAAUCUUUUCUGAUCCCUUUUGGCUUUCUCUUCUCCCUCUUUCCUUAAUUUUCUCUAAUUUUUAUAUCUGCUUUAUGGUUGAUGGGUUUAGGCUUCCGAGCUUGAUGGGGAUAAUAUGUUGUUGAUAUUAGGUUUUGAGGUCAACAACCGGAAUAAAGUUAAGACAAAAUUUCGGCCACUUCACCUCCAUUGCUCUUCCAAUCUUUCUGGGUUUUCUGAGUUCUGAUCAGACAGAUUUCUUAUUUUCUUGGCGAGUUUUGAUACUUAAAGAGUGCAGAAAUAACUUUUCUUUGCCGAGGUCAAGAAGGAGCUUUCUAGGAUUCUUUGCCGUCUUUGAGGAGAGAUGGUGAGAGGAAAGGUUCAGAUGAAGCGAAUUGAGAAUGCGACAAGCAGGCAAGUGACCUUCUCCAAGCGCAGAAAUGGGCUGUUGAAGAAGGCCUAUGAGCUCUCCGUUCUUUGCGACGCUGAAGUGGCUUUGAUCAUUUUCUCUCCCAAAGGGAGAUUAAACGAGUUCUCAAGCUCCAACAUGCAACGGAUAAUAGAGAGAUACCGUGAGCGUGCAAACGACGCGCAAACCAACAAUCUUGAAAUGGAACAAUACACGCAGCAACUGAAGCUUGAAGCAGCAAAUAUGGCAAAGAGCAUAGAGCUUCUCGAAGCUUCUCAACGGAAGCUUUUGGGGCAAGGUCUGGUUUCGUGCUCUGUUCAGGAACUGCAAGAAACAGCCAACCAGCUCGAGCGAAGCUUAAGAAACAUUAGAAUGAGGAAGGAGCAGGUAUUCAAGGAGCAAAUUGAUCAAUUGAAAGAGAAGGAGAGACUGCUGUUGGAAGACAAUGCACGGUUAUCGGAGAAGGUUGGUGUGUCUAAUGCAAAAGAACAAGCACUUGCAUACUUGGAAUGUCACGACGGUUGGUGUUCGAAGAAAUAGGUGCGUGCAGCUUUUGCAUAUGGUGUCUGUUUUUGGCCCAUGACUCCAUUUCGGAAAGCUCUCAACGAGACGCAUCUAACUCCCCGCUUUGCCGUGACCUAUAAUGGAUUUUGACUGUUUGAGAUCGUUUAUAGUUUUAAAAUUGUAUUUUUUUGUGUUUUUUUAGUUCAGUAUUUUAUUUUGUUUUGUAAGCCCAGCCCGUUAAAGGGAUUACAGGCUCAGUAAAUUUUUUAUUUUCAC